AUUGUUCAGCCCAAGCCCGAGAUUCAUAAAAUUUUCAAUUAUGGGUCAUCCGGAAAAGGCCCAAGUACAGAAUGGAAGAGACGCAAGAACCAGAGAAGUGCUCAAUCACAAAUUUCGAAAAAAAGACGGCAAAAAGCACGGACGAUAUACGAUACGCGACAGCUCAGGCAAAGGUUUCAGAAGACGAUGCAUUGAGAAUCGGGUACAAAGCAGGCACUCCACUUGAAGGAGGCAAGAUUGCCGACUCUGAGCCCGUUGAUCUUUUCUCAAGUGCCCACAACAUCUCCAGAGCCCAGCAACAGCCGAAGCACCAGGACCGAAGGACAGCUCAGGAUCAACUGCCACCCUCUGCAGAUCAGUCUCAACGCGACCCCAAAAAUGCCCAAGUAGCCAUGUCCGAUUUCAAAACCCAGCAGCACUAACCAUAUCCGCCCACCCACCCGAUCAUUUUCCCUUUUUGUAUCCCACGUUGUUAUCGUAAUUCCACCGUGAUUUCCUCAUUUUGUGCAAUUUCUUUUUUCUUUGGGUUCUUUUAAUUGGUCUUCAUUUUGUGCAAUUUAGCGUCCAAUGAAACGCGCUUAGUUAAUAC